AUGGAGCAGCUGAACGGUUUCGUCGAAAAUUCGGAUAGAGACGGGAUUACCAAACUGAUCGAGACCCACAUCAAAGAGGAGCAUGGAGGGAACCUCGGAGGAAUCUACCAAGCUAUCCGGAAAGCUACUGAUGCCCAGGGCAAACAAGCCUUCAGGCUGACGAUCUUCCGUCAAAUACUUACUUCGAUACUGAAGUUUUGGUUUCUCCCGGGAUCGGAAAUGUCUUCGGAGUCUCUCAACAAUCUCCUCGUGGAGCUCCUGGCCGACGUGAAUCUCCUCUCCGCGGCUGAUUGUUCCGCCCUCUGCGAAGUUAUCAUCGACAACCUUGGAUGUCCUAUGACUUUGGAGCUUUUAUCAUCCCUGCUAUUGCACGCCUCAUCCACGGGGGCAAACCUCCCAUGGAGGGGAAGCAGGGUCACGGAUUUCAAACAGGCCCUGGUUUCGGCCCUAGUCGAUAAGAUGCCGUGGAGAGAUGACAUCGUCGUGCACAUCGCCAAAUUCUUCAGAGAAAUCGAGCUGAGCAACUCGUUAUUCGGUGUGGUCAAUCCAGUUCUGAGUCCGUACAUCAACUCCUUACCGAGUCAUCUGCUGCUACCGUUCCUGAGUCAGAUUCUCCCGAUCCAUCCUUCAGUUCUGCAGCAGGUCCUGCAGCGUCUCAAUCCACAGAACAUCGACGAAACGACGCGAGCUGGUGUGCUCGCCGAGUGUGUGGCUGCGACCCGGCAGAAUCCUGGCAUCGCAAAAUCGGUGCAGGCCCUCAUCAAGAGCAAUCCGGUAGCCAUCUUAUCCGAUGCCUUCAAAUUCCGUCUGUGUCUCUCGGUGGGUUCGAUCCACAGAAACUUCCAAACACCGACGCAAAACGCACUGCGCGCUGCCGUUGCAUUGCAUUGCGAUUACGAAUUGAAGCGUUACGAAGCUCGAUGGCUCAGCGAAACUCUGCCGGUAUACGCGCCCUUGGCUCUCGUAGAUGCGUGCACUCUGAGCACGAGUGAUGACAAAGUCUUCCUCACGACGAAUUGCCUGAUCGAUUUCGGUUUUCUGCUUCUGAAAACGAAAACGCCGCCGCGGGUGGCUCGACAAGGUGCACUUAUGCUGCUCACGCUUUGUCAAACGUCUUCUCAAGCUGGCACUGUUCAAGCAGUUCUUGACCGGCUUUUGAGAGCUCUUUUCCAGAAUCCGUCAAAAGAAUGCGCUGACCUGUUGGCGAAACUACCGUGUGGCCAACUGCCCACUUCAGCGGGCUGGGAUGUCAUUUCAGCUUUGCCUUCAGUCGACCCUCAAGUGGCUCGAACCCUUGUCCGAGUAAUUUUGGAGUCGUGCCCCCAGAUCCGCAAUGAGUUGGUGAUAGCCUUGAGGAAGUGUCUGUUCCUGAACGACCCGGCGAGCCGACUUGUCGCGGCGAAUGGCCUGCUGGAGAUAAUUGCGUACUUCACUGUGGAAGACGAUGAUGUUUCUCAAAACCCUAAUGGACGGAUUUGUCUCGAGGCUCUGGAGCUUAUCCGUCGUAUCCUGGUAGAGCUGUCACCGAGCACGGUUGAAAUCCGACACCACAUUCUCCGGGGUCUUUCUGAUCUCAUCAAGGUGAACCGUAUGCUCAAGGAGAGCAUCUUCGAGCUGCUCCAAGAAUUGAUGCUCCAAAAUCCCAGCGAUCCGCAUAUUCUCAUGUCGGUUGCAUCUUGUCUCUGCGCUUAUCGAAAGGUUCACAUUAAAGGCACCCAAAAAUCUCAAACUCUGAAGUGGCUGUUCAAACGCAUGGUUUCGAUGACGACUAAUGUCGAAGAAACCAGUCAGGUUGACGCACUGAUACUGCUGAGCAGUGAGUUCGGCGUAGAUUGCUCAAAUGUCCUGGAGAAGUUGAAGGAAAUUCGAGGAGCCCAGGAUGCUGCGAGCAACGCAGACACAACGAUGGCUUCGGUUGCUAGCAAGGCUCCACGGAAGAAAAGAGCGGAAAAGAGCGCGAAACACGAAUGUUUGCUGUCAAAUGAAGUUCUCUGCAACUUGCUGAAGUCUGACAGCGUCCACAUGGAAAUCCGCCUCUACGCAAGCGAUUCCCUGGCUCCGAGGAAACGUAUCGAGCCCCAUGAGCGCCGACAGCUGCUCAGUGCUUUGAAGGACGUUCUCACCAAACCUUAUGUCGAUCCCGAGACGAAAGCUUGCUGUGUCCAGAUGAUGUCCAUAAAUUUCCAAAGCGUGGUACAGGACGUGUUCAACAGUGAAGAUAUUCCAAGCGCCCGCGAGGAGCUCUUGAAAGAGUUAGGGGCAGAUUCGAGAGAAGCUUUGUUCAAGUACUUCAAGGAAAUGAUCAAGCAAGCGAAGGAUUCCGCGGAACGAAAGGACGAUGUCGGAGCUCUGAUAGCCUGCGUCCAGUGCAUGUGUCUCCUUUUCCCCGACGACGUCACGCUGAUUUCAGACAUUUACACAUGGGCGGAUGAUCAGAGCGCGGAAAACACAAUAGAAUACAUGCCAUUGCUGCUCGAUCUGGCGAGUCACAUGUCCGGUGGUGUGGCUGUUUUCAAGAGACUGAGUCAGAAACUCGCUCGGCUCUGUGGGCUACUCGAAAACUCAACAGCCGCUCAAGAUGGCAUUCUUCAGAGCCUGCACACCGAGGAUCUACCGGAGCUUUUCAUACUUUUCAAUGCUGUCGUCAAAUCCAUAACUGGUCAGCUCGAUUGGGUGUUCACGAAAAUCGAGCUCACAGAGGAGAUGGAGCCAGCUUUCAUCAAACAAUUGUACUACGUCGUAGAGGCUCUCAGCACUGUCGCACACUCGGAAGUUCCGCUGGAGUAUUGUGACGUACUCCUGAAUAGCACAGCGAAAAUCUACAAGGUUCUCACCGGCCUCGCCAAGUUUUAUGGAUCGCGGAAUAGGGCUGAAGUCUCCACUCGAUACCCGAAACUGGUAUCUUUCGUACAAAAAGUCUGCACACCAAGAUUCGAAGCCCUCGUCAUGCGGGUCGAGGAAGAAGCAGCUCGCCGCAACAUCGGCAAAAAGAAGCAGAAAUCCAAGGAGCAACAGGCUGCUCCAGCAUUCGUUUUCGCUCUGGAGCAGCACCAUCACGAGCUACAGAAACUCUCGAAGAAGAUCGAGCUCGGAGAUAUUUCUACGCGGGCUGCCGCUAGAGACUUCCGCAUAAAAGUUGACGAGGUCAAGAAACAUCACGACGAAUGGAGUGAUGAGGAAAUACCUAGUUCGCUGCGAUCGCCGACCGGGAAAGAGAGCAAAUCGACCGUACCGAAACCGCAAAAGGAUGCCUCAGCGGCGCGUAAAUCAGUCCAGAAAGCGAAAGUAUCGCCCGGCUCCAAGCGGAAGGAAUCUGUGAAAGUCGCGUGGCCGCCUAAGAAAGGCAAAAGCGCCGACGGAGCCGACGACGGCAGAAAAGAAAUCGAGGACGAGCCGAGGUCGGCUUUUCCCGAAUCCGAAGACGACGUAGAGCCCAUGACAGAUUGCCGGUCGUCAUCCCCUGCUGGAGCUCCAGGUAAGAACCGGCCGCAAGAUGUAUUGAUUCGAAAGUUCAGUUCCAGACAAGUCCCCAGUGGAAUGUGUCGAGAAGUCGCCGCCGAAGAAACGUCGGCGAACCCUGGGGCUCCGGAGAUGAUACUGCUCUACGUCGGAGCAGAGCCCGGACUACCUAUCCGAUUCGAAUGA